AUUCCUAAGGUUUUUUUUUUAUAUAUCUUUCCUCUCUCCAAAAAACAGUUAGCUGAACCGUUUGGACACAGAAGAGAAAGUUUGGUCAACAAUGGAAGACAACCUUACGAAACAUUUAUUCAUCAGACAUCUUCUCCGAAAAAAGUAGGCGGUAAUUAUUAGUGGAAAAUGGCGAGCAGCCAUUAGUAGCGAGGGGGGUACCUACUAUUGGAGGGGUACCUAGGAUUGAUGAGGCACAGUAGCCAAUAAGACUGCGGCAUGUGAAUGACCGGGCCUCAGUUAAAGGGGGUGUUAGAGGAGGAACUGCCAGUCCACUGAGAAAGAGAGACCCUCCGAGAUAAACACAGACAAUCGAAAGAAAGAAAUAAACACACCAGUCGGAACAACAAUUCAAGAUGCGCCAAGGAACCGCGCUCUGUUUACGGACGAUCUAGUAAGACAAUUAUUCAUUCUUCAUGUUUGUGUAAAAGCACACUCAUUUCUACGGGAAAAGGCGAAAGGAAUUUCAACAUUUUUCAUGGGGAUUUUGAGUUACAAGUUAACUGCGAGAAAAAAUAUAUAGACGUAGUCAUUUAGAAAGAACGAUAGUGUUUUGCGGCUAGCGGAUCAUCGCUCUGAACUUCUUCUGAUGAGGUGUUUUUCGCGUUGGGAGAGCGGUACCUCCACAGAAGUCUAGGUAUUUUUUUAUGUAUAUAUAUUUUUUAGGUACAGUUCAUUCGCCGCGUUGUUGAACGCACGACUAAUUUCAAUAAAUUUCGUACUCAACGAGAAAUAAUGUUACUGGACGCCGGUCACCAGUUUCCCGGCUUGGGAGUUGGCACAUUUGCCAGGCACCACUCAGCAAGCGAAAUGCAAGACAGAGACUUGACUUUAGCACAAAAUAGCUUUGUCGAUUCUGCACACAUGGGUGCUUUUAAACUGAACCACGAUCUAUCUCCGGGACAGAGCUCUGCUUUUACUUCUCAGGCAACGGGCUAUCCCGCUGCGGCUCUGGGCGCACAUGCAGCCCAUGUCACGUCGUACGCGAGUUCGCCUUUUAACUCUACAAGGGACUUUCUCUUUCGCAGUCGCGGCUUCGGAGAAUCGUCUCCGGCUGGCAGCCAACAUACAAUUUUUGGCCCCGCAGCGGGGUCUCUCCAUCACUCCCAUACAGAUAGUCAAGGCCACAUAUUGUUUCCUUCGAUCCACGAUCAACAUGCGUCCCAUGGCUCUCCAAACGUGCUGAAUGGACAAAUGCGACUUGGACUACCCGGAGAAGUUUUCGGACGAUCCGAUCAAUAUCAUCAGGUAUCCAGCCCCAGGACCGACCCAUACUCCGCAGCCCAACUCCACAAUCAGUAUGGUUCAAUGAAUAUGGGCAUGAAUAUGGCUGCUCAUCAUCACCAUCCUGGUGCCUUCUUUCGCUACAUGCGGCAGCAGUGCAUCAAACAGGAGUUAAUCUGCAAGUGGAUCGACCCGGAGCAGCUCAGCAACCCAAAAAAGAGUUGCAAUAAAACUUUCAGUACCAUGCACGAGUUGGUCACCCACGUCUCAGUGGAACACGUCGGGGGACCGGAGCAGAGCAACCACGUCUGUUUCUGGGAAGAAUGUCCCAGAGAGAGCAAACCCUUCAAAGCUAAAUACAAACUGGUAAAUCAUAUUCGUGUUCAUACUGGGGAGAAACCGUUUCCCUGUCCAUUUCCCGGCUGCGGCAAGGUUUUCGCGCGAUCAGAAAACUUGAAGAUACACAAGCGAACACACACAGGAGAGAAACCAUUCCAGUGUGAGUUCGAGGGCUGCGACAGACGCUUCGCGAAUAGCAGUGACCGGAAGAAGCACAUGCACGUGCACACCUCGGAUAAACCGUAUCUUUGCAAAAUGUGCGACAAGUCAUAUACUCACCCCAGCUCCUUAAGAAAACACAUGAAGGUUCACGAAGCUUCUCCUCCAGCCUCUGAUUCGUCGCCCGCGGCUAGUUCUGGGUACGAGUCCUCGACUCCCCCUGGCCUGGUUUCCCCUUCUGCUGAGACCCAAAGCAACAACAAUCUUUCGCCUGCAUCAGCGGUCCACAAUAGCAAUGUGCACAGCAGCCUAUCGUCCAAUUUCAAUGAAUGGUAUGUUUAGCAGAGAGACCCCGAACUCGGAGCCAUUUAACAGAAUAUAAAACAAAAAGAAGACUCCUGUACAUAAAAAGGCUUGUAUAAAUAAACCCAUAACUAACGGACGCUGUAAUAUUGUGCGAGAAAAAAAAACAUCAGGAAAGUUGCAUUGUGAAUACAAUAAUUAAACGAAGAAAAAUUGUUUGAAAUUUAUUCAGUAUUUUGUAAAUGAUAAUAGAGAACAAUUAAUCUCUUUCCAUGGUUGUUAUAGAUUUUGUCAGUCUUUGGUGUCAUAGAUGUUCCUUCAAUGGUAGCUAUGUCUGUAACUGGACUUUGAGUGCACAUACUAUGGAAAAAUCUUUUGUAUUCUGAUGUUAAAUAUUGUGAUCCUCUGAAGGCAAUUUGAUUGUAAUUAUACAACUAUUAACUGGAACCAGUGCCAAAGUUAACAUUUAACUCAUCAGACACAAUAUUUGCCUGUGAAUGUAUAUUUCGUUUGCUGGGUUUAACUUGUGAUGUUUUGUGCUUUGCAAGUUUGAAUUGUGAAAUACUAUUUGGAGGAUUGUGGGGGGAAAUAAACGUUGUGUCGUUAAAUUUUCUGUAACUACAUCCUUCCUUUUGUAAAUAUUAGCUGCCAUAUUUAUCCAUUUAUAAUUAAAUUAUGGUAUUUACUUGCUACAGAUAAAACAAUAUUUAUAAAGAAUGUUUCUUUACUAUAAGUAUGUACAAUUAUGAGCUAAACGCGGACAACUGUUUUAUGUGUUUUGUUUAAAGUUUAAGAAGUGUUUUCUCCAUUCUUGUGAUAAAUUUCAAGAAUUUUACUGCAUACAGAAAUAUAAUAAAAUGUGUUGCAAGUGUUUAA